AUGGCUAGAUAUUUAAAAACGUACCGUAGUUAUCUGAGGUUUGAUGCCUAUGCAUUAAUUCGUCACUAUUGUGGUUUUGGACGAAAUGAUGAUGAUUUUGUCGAUCGUUUGUCUCGUCAUUAUAGUGUAUUAAUAUUUUCAAUGUUUAUUAUCAUUGUCUCAUCGGUACAAUUUGUUGGUAAACCAAUUUCAUGUUGGACACCGGCAUCAUUUACCGAUUCUCAUAUAAGUUAUGCCGAUUUUAUUUGUUGGAUUUCUAGUACAUAUUAUGUAUCAACUGAAUCUGAAAUACCUUAUCCAGAUGAACAUCGUGAACAUUCUAUUAUAUUUUAUCAAUAUAUUCCAUUUUUACUUAUGUUACAAGCAUUUGGUUUUUUCUUUCCUGGGUUUUUAUGGCGAUCAUUAUCUAAAAAAAUUGGAUUUUCAAUUCAAAAAUAUAUUGAUAAUUUAAAUUUAAGUCGUACACUAUUAAUUGAACCACCAAGUUUUCGUCAACAAUUUGUACAUAAUGUUGCCAUUCGUCUUGAUCAAUAUUUUCGUUUAAAACAUGGAAAAAAGAAGAUGAAAACUGUCUUUUUAUCACAAUUUCCUAAAUUAACAAUUUUAUAUUUGUCUAUAAAACUUAUUUAUUUAUGUAAUAUUCUUUUUCAAUUAUUUACAUUGCAUUAUUUAAUGAAAUUUCGUUUAUCAUUAUCAUCACUCGUUCAACAAUUAUUUAUUCAUAGUACUAAUUAUCAUCAUGAUUCACAUCAAUUUCCUACAAAUGUUUUAUGUGAUUUUAUUGUUCGAUUUCUUGGUAAAAAUACUCAUCGUCACACUGUUCAAUGUGUAUUACCUGUAAAUGUUUUCAAUGAGAAAAUAUUCACAUUUUCCUAUUUAUGGUUAAUAAUAAUGAUGUUAUUUUCAAUUUAUAAUCUCAUGUUUCAAUGGCCAUUUUAUUUGAUUAAUAAAUAUGAUUUUAUCAACGAUUAUUUGAUUGCUCAAAAUAAAAAAAAGACAAAUAAAUUUAAAAAAUUAACAUCUGAUUUCACAUCAUCAUCGUUAAUAAAUAGUAACAACAGUCGCGAUUUAAGUGAACAGAAAAAUGAACAAAUAUUGAUGAAAAAUUUUAAUGAACACUAUUUGAAAACAGAUGGUAUUGUUUUAUUAAGACUAAUAAAGAUUAAUACCGAUAUUGUGACGACAUAUAACCUCCUUGAUGAUAUUUGGGAUUUAUACAGAAUACAACCCAUUUGA